AUGACGCCCGAAACAGCGAGCCCGGCGACGAAUGGCCCUGCCACACCCUCCGACCAGCCCGCCUCUAGCGGACCAAACGCUCCCUACCGUUUCCCGACCGACAAGUUAAAGCGACGGCAAACACAACCGGGAAAGACGCCGUUGGUGCUGGUGGCUUGCGGGUCAUUCUCUCCCAUCACUUUUCUCCAUUUACGCAUGUUCGAGAUGGCGUCCGACUUUGUCCGGUUCAACACGGACUUUGAAGUGUGCGCUGGAUACCUAUCCCCGGUCAGCGACGCAUACAAGAAGGUGGGGCUAGCCCCCAGCCACCACCGAGUCAACAUGUGCUCCCGAGCCGUCGAGCACUCGACCUGGCUGAUGGUCGACCCGUUCGAAACGGUGAACUGCAACGAGAAUGGCGAGCCCGAAUACGUCCCUACGGCUAAGGUUCUGCGGCAUUUUGAUCACGAAAUCAACACCGUUCUCGGGGGCAUCGAAGGCACGGAUGGGCAGAUGAAGAAAGCCCGCAUUGCGCUGCUUGCUGGCGCAGAUUUGGUCAUGUCCAUGGGGGAACCGGGCCUGUGGGCACCGUCGGAUCUGGAUGUUAUCCUUGGCCAAUACGGAGCCUUCAUCAUUGAGCGGUCAGGGACCGACAUUGAUGAGGCCAUUGCAUCACUGCGGCAGUAUGAGAGUAACAUCUGGAUCAUCAGCCAGGUCAUUCAAAACGAUAUCAGCUCCACAAAGGUCCGACUGUUUUUGAAGAAGGAUCUGAGCGUCCGGUAUCUCAUUCCAGAUCCUGUUGUAGAGUACAUCGAGGAGCACCAGUUAUUCCAGGGGCCACAGGGAGAAUCAAAGGACAAGACGCCAGGGGAUGGAGAUCCCGGUUCCUCGAACACGAAGCCUGUGAAGGGCUGA